AUGGGUAAAACCUCCAAAUCUCUACGAUCCAAAUCCGCCAGUCGUCGAACGGUGGCAUCUUGCAGACCGCCACCUCGUUCUCACCCUAUGAUCCUUCGUAGAGUUUCUGCACAAUCAAGGUCUGCGCUAGGGUCAACAACCGCCUCCCAUGCCACUCCUACGUCAGACCCCGCGACAGCCGCCUUCGACGCGUCCCUCACGUCGAACCCCGGACCAACUACCUUCGACGCUACUUCUCUCAUGUCAGACUUAACUACUUCCCAGCCUGCCCCCGUGUCAGAUCCCAUUGGGGCUUCUCUUUUGGCAGAUCGACCCGACGUCGUAUUCGCGCAAGAGGCCUACGAUUAUAUGAGACGCUCCACGGAAAUACUACAAAUGCAAACCAAGACACUUGUCAUCUUUCAGCAGAAGCUCAAUUCCAUAAAUGAAGAUAAAGAGUCUCUCGAACAUGACACCGAGCAGUUGAUGGCCAAACGCGCAACAGAAUAUCAAUGUCCUCUUUGCUCCGAUCUAGCUUGGAAUCCACAUGUUCUUCCCUGUGGUCACUCUUUCUGUUCCCAGUGUCUUAGCCAACACAAGGCUAACCAUGCUCAGAAACGAUCCGCAAAUCCGAAUGGAACUGGGGCUGUCAUUCGUUGCCCAACCUGCGAUGCUCUCAUUCUUCGUAAGCCGCAGUUCUCUCACACCAUCCAGCAGGGUGUCGAAGACGUUGCGAAAUACUUUCACCGAGCCCCUCCGACACUGCGCCAACUUGAAUGGUCUUAUUGA